AGAAGCAACAACAACAGCAACAGCAGCAGAAGGUGAAGCAGCAGAAGGAGCAGCAUGGAGGAGACCAGCAGGGAGGCUGUAGCCACCGCGGUGCAGCGGGUGGCCGGCAUGCUGCAGCGGUCCGACCAGCUGGAUAAGGUGGAGCAGUACCGGAGGAGAGAAGCCCGGAAGAAGGCGUCUGUGGAGGCCAGGCUGAAGGCGGCGAUCCAGUCCCAGCUGGACGGCGUGCGCACCGGGCUCACCCAGCUCCACACCGCUCUGCUGGACGUGAAGGACAUCCAGAGCUCCCUGGCCAACGUCAGCAAAGACUGGAGACAGAGCAUCAACACCAUCGAGAGCCUGAAGGACGUGAAGGACGCCGUGGUCCAGCACAGCCAGCUGGCCGCCGCCGUGGAGAACCUGAAGAACAUCUUCUCUGUCCCAGAGAUCGUCAUGGAGACCCAGCAGCUGAUCGAGCAGGGCCAGCUGCUGCAGGCCCACAGGAAGCUGAUGGAGCUGGAGUGUUCCCGUGACGACCUGAUGUACGAGCAGUACCGCAUGGACAGCAGGAACACCCGCGACAUGAACCUCAUCUCCUCCUACUUUGAAGAGGUGCAGGGCCUGUCAGACGAGCUGGCCAAGCAGCUGUGGAUGGUGCUGCAGAGGUCCAUGGUGACGGUGCGCAGAGACCCCACCAUGCUGGUGUCUGUGAUCCGCAUCAUCGAGCGAGAGGAGAAGCUGGACCGCCGGAUGGUGGACAGGAAGAAGCAGACGGGCUUCAUCCCCCCGGGACGACCCAAACGCUGGAAGGACAAGAUGUUUCAGGUUCUGGAGGGAACCGUCAGCACCCGCAUCGAGGGCACCCAGUCUGUGACCAGAGAGGCUGAUAAGAUGUGGCUCGUCCGUCUGCUGGAGAUCACCAGGAAGUACGUUCUGGACGACCUGAUUGUUGUGAAGAACCUGAUGGUUCAGUGCUUCCCCCCCCACUACAACACCUUCAACAGGUUCUUCAGCCUCUACCAUCACGCCGUGUCCAGCCGUGUGAAGGAGCUGACCUUGGAGGACCUGGAAGCCAAUGAAAUUGUGUCCCUGCUAACCUGGGUCCUCAACACCUAUAAGAGCAAUGAGAUGAUGGGACAUCCGGACCUCUGCUCAGAGUUCGACAUCAACCAGCUGGAGCCGCUGCUGCCGCAGGAAGUGGUGGACGACCUGCUGAGCAAAUACGUGAAGACGUUCACGUCUAAUAUAACCGGUUGGCUGCGGAAAGCCUUGGAGACCGAUAAGAAAGACUGGAUGAAAGAAACGGAGCCUGAGGCGGACCAAGAUGGAUACUACCAGACCACGCUGCCAGCCAUCGUCUUUCAGAUGUUUGAGCAGAACCUGCAGGUGGCGGCCCAGAUCAACGGCGACUUUAAGGAGGAGGUUCUGAAGCUGUGUCUGAAGCAGAUGAACUCCUUCCUCAUGAGGUACCGCGAGGAGGUGGUGGCCUACAAGGAGGAGCACCUGAAGGACCGACAGCUGCCUCAGUGCUACAUCCAGUACAUGAUCGCCAUCAUCAACAACUGCCAGACCUUCAGGGAUUCCAUCAACAGUCUAAAGAGGAAGUACUCGCAGUCCUCGAAGUCCUUCGACAGCGAUGCCGCCAUCGACAGGACCCUGGGGGAGGUGGUGAAGGAGGGCUGCCACUUCCUGCUGGACGAAGUCUUCUUGGACCUGGAGAACCACCUGAAUGAGCUGCUGACCAGGAAGUGGCUGACGGGUUCUCACGCCGUGGACACCAUCUGUGUGACGGUGGAGGACUACUUCAACGACUUCAACAAGGUCAAGAAGCCCUUCAACGAGGAGAUGACCAACGAGGCGCUGAGGAGGGUUGUGGUGGAGUACCUGAAGGCCGUGAUGCAGAAGAGAAUCACCUUCAAGAACGCCGACGAGAGGAAAGAGGGAGCAGAGAGGAUGAUCAAGGAGGCCGAGCAGUUCAGGUUCCUGUUCAACAAACUGGCAGCGGGCGAGAACACGGAGCGGCUCUGCGGCGCCAUCGCUGCCGUGGCCGAGGUCUUCAAGCUGACUGACCCCACGCUGCUGUUCCUGGAGGUCACGACCCUGGUCUCCAAAUACCCAGACAUCAGGGAGGACCACAUCCAGGCGCUGCUGGCUGUGCGCGGAGACGCCAGCAGGGAAAUGAGGCAGAUGAUCAUCGGGACCCUCAGCGAGAACAAAGUGUCGCCCUCUGGUUCCACUCAGCCCAUUUUCAAAGACAUUACUGUUCCCACCAUCACCAUGACAACCAUGACCACCAUGACCUCCAUGGCAACCGCCAAGCUGCUGAAAUAA